CUUACCGACCGCGUUCUGCCGCGUCUCCUCGUCUUCUCGACAUCUUUCGCCAUAAAUUUCGAAACUCCAUCAACAAUAGCUGUGUACCUCGAACAUGGCUUCCACAUUAGAUGAAAAGAGUCUACAAGAGGCAUUUUCAUCACGACCCGACAUCCAAGGUGCUAUUCGAAAUGCAGCUGCAGCUGGACCACAUUACACCGAACUCUUCAACCAAAUCAGCUUACAUGUCUGCAGCCUUGCGCCUGUAAGCUCAGAGCCUGCUACAAAAAAGAGACGACUGGAUGAAAACAUCGCGAGUCGGCCUGCCACCAAUGGAACGAAUGGACAUGCUGCUACAAAUGGCACAUCUGCUGCCAGUAGUGAAGAUCCUGUACUUCUCGAGGUUAAAGAUAUCUCAGUCGUGAUUCCACAGAGAAAGAAAUACACCUUGUGCUUUACCUCCUCACACCUCUACGCGCGACUACCAGAUUCCAAAGAACCCGUUCCUGGCAUCAGCUUUGCGUGGAGUGAUAUAGAAUAUGCUUUCUGUCUACCAGUACCCGAAAAGACGCAAAAGCAAUACAACUACAUUCUCUUCCCCCGAAACUCCAUAAUCGCCCCCUCAAAACCCAUCCCAGGCGCCCCUCCAACCCCAGAGCCCAUCGUCUUCAGCAUCCCAGACAGCGCGCCCAAGCCCGGGACAAUCAGUGGUCUCGAAGCAGCCGCAGCCUCAGCAGUUUCCGACGACCUGAAAACACUUUUCGACUGGGCUCUUUUAGCACGAUUGAAAGCCGCGGGUAAGGACACGAAGAUCGUACAGGCAGAUGAGAAGCUGUUUGCUUCAGAGCAGAGACAGGCGCAUAGACCGGGCGAGAAGGCAGUGCAUGUCAAGGCAUUCAGAGGUUCGAAAGAUGGGUAUCUGUUUUUUUUGCCCAAUGGCAUAUUAUGGGCGUUCAAGAAACCGAUGUUGUUCCUACCUCAUGAGAGGAUAUUGGCUGUAUCGUAUACGAGUGUAUUACAACGGACUUUCAAUCUUUCAGUGGAAGUAGACAUGAGUGUGUCCGGUGGAGAAGAGAGUACCGAGGAAUUCGAGUUCUCGAUGCUGGAUCAGGAAGAUUUUGGCGGCAUCGACGGUUUUGUAAAGAGACAUGGUUUGCAAGACAAGAGUAUGGCAGAACAGAGGAAGGCUAAGAGGUUGAAUGUGAAUGUGGUGAAAGACGAGGAUGGGAAUGUGGUCGGCAAUGUCGAGGCUGGAGAACUGGAAAAGGCUGCUUUGGAAGCUGGUGGCCAGGAAGAAAUAGAUGAGGAGGAUGAAGAAGAGGAAGAUUAUGAUCCUGGGAGUGAUGGGGAGAGUGAGGGCUCGGGAUCAAGUAGUGAGGAGGAAGAUGAUGAUGUUGAAGGUGGUGGAGAGGAAGAAGGCGACGAGGAAGAAGAUGAAGAGGAUGAUGAAGCAGCGGACGAGUUGUAAGAACUAUGAGAGCGGCGUAAAAGUAUAUACUGACUCCGGCACUUGAUAAUGAAGAGUGCUAAUGAAUAAUACAUUUGUCAUUCAC